AUGCCUACAACAAAGAAAACAUCGAUGUUCUUACUGAGCUUUCUCACAAGCUUAGGGUCUUUCAUUGUAAUUUGCUGUAUUCUUGGGACACAAGCUUGGGUCACUAGCACGAUUGCCAUUAGAGACUUUGCUUCGAAUGGUAGCGUUACCAUCACCUACGGACUUUUUCGUGGUAAGAGCGCUCAAGAACUGAAUCAUGGACUUGCAGAAUUACCCAAAAAAUUUGAAGUUCUAGGAAUAUUGAACAAUUCUUCCCAGAAAACUCUGCAUCUGGUGGCUAUCCUGUUCCUGGCCCUCAGCUUGUUUACCUCCCUGCUGAGUUCUGGGUUUACCCUGUACAACAGCAUCAGCAACCCCUACCAGACGUUCCUGGGACCAGUGGGGGUAUACACCUGGAAUGGACUGGGCGCAUCCUUCAUUUUCGUGGCCAUGAUACUGUUUGUGGGGAACACAGAGUCCAAUCGCCUCUCCGAAAAGUUGUCCCAGACGCUUUAUCCAACAGUCACUGAUGAAGGAACAACCCAUAGUUAUGGAUACUCAUUCUGGCUCAUGCUGCUCGUCAUUCUCCUAAACAUAGUCACCGUGAUCAUCGUCGUUUUCUACCAGAAGGCCAGAUACCAGCAGAAGCAGGAGCAGAGAAAACCCAUGGAAUAUGCUCCGAGGGAUGGAAUUUUAUUCUGA